AUGCCACAACCAGAAUAUAUACAGGGAAGACUCAAAAGUUUGGAUGCAAUCGAUGAUCUUCUACUGUCGACGCUUUUACAUGCUUCACAAGCGGUAGGGACGAUGGAAGAGCUGAAAAGAGGCAACGACACGAUGAAAACGCAGUUUGAAAACCAUGCCCGUGGUUUUUACUCAAGUUUGGAGCACGCAACGGUCGCACUCCGACGGGAAAUCAAGUAUCUCGACGAUAACGUGGGGACUCGUCUUCUGCCCAUAAAUGUUAACAAAAAGGCUACGGGACAAGACGACGGCAAGCUGCGGGAUCAGUUUGAGGUCUUGGAGCGGGAAUUGAGCGGUGGCAAUGGCAAAAAAAGCUGA